AUGGUUCGUCUAGGACUGCCAGGUGCAAGUCAAAGGUUGUGUAUUUUAUCUCACAUUGUUGGUGUGAUAGCUGCUUACCUGUCACCAAUCCUAGCAUUUCUCAAUGUGGUCCUGAAUGGUAUUGCUGCAGUGAUAUUUUUGUACGCCUAUCCAAAGAAGACACGACAAAUCAUAUACUUGGGAUUUUUAUCACUCAGUGACAUAAUCAACUGCACUGUAGGAACAAUUUUGGCUGUCAUACCCGCGAAAGGGAUUCCGUAUGCAACGAAUGGAAAAGCAUACUUUAUUAUAUCAACAUCAACGGUUGAAUGGUGCAAAUGUUAUAGAUUCAUGGGGGGAAUUGGAUGUACAUUCAAAGGGAAUAUUUUACUAGCUGCUAUGGUUGACAGACUCUUAUCGAUAUUCAUACCAUUAAAAUAUGGUAAAUUACCAGUCAAAUAUGCAUGGUAUUGUAUCUUGGGUUUGUUUCUAUUGGCACUAUCCUUAGUAGUGCCUUACGCGCUGUACAGUAACUUUAUUCCAAUGUUCGGUAAAACGAUUUGCUGGGUAACUGGUGAUUCAGCUGCAUGGGCAAUGUAUACACUACUAGUAACAGAUACUGGUUUCCUAUAUACAUCUCUCAAUGGAUUGUUGGGUCUAGUACUGACAAUUAAAGUUUAUAUAUGGAUUAAAUCUCGACGUCGUAUUGUGAGCCAGAAAAGUGAUGAGAAAAGUUCUGAAUUAUCAGCCUGUGCUUUAACUUCUAAGUAUUUCAUGCAUUAUGUUUGUAUUGAGUAUUCCAUAUGGUAUGAUGUAUUUAUUUCCACCUACAAUAGGAUAUGA